AUGUCAUUAAUAAUCAUCAGACACCCGACAAGAAACCGUUAUGGUUGUCUCUUCAACCUUUACGCUCAAGGAAUUCCUCAUUGGACCAGACAGCAUUAUGUUAACAACUCCACAGUGCGUUGUUUCUCAACCGUAAUCAAUAAACAAAGCAUUCUCUCUGCCACGCAUUCGAUAUGGUCUCGUUUAUCAUCAGUACCGUCUUAUCAUUCUGUUUUUGACACGGUAAAGAGAUCCUUGUCUUCAAGAGAAAGUUGGCGCUGGACGUUUCAUCAUUGUAAAGAUCCUAAUCACUUACGAACAGUAGUCGAUAGACUAUUUCAUAAGCAUUCUGAACCCCACGAACUGGCCAUCAUAGCGGCGCUAGAGGCAUGCGCGAGAAUACAGACAAUGAAAAGACGAAAAGAAAACCUUACGAACGGUAAUCGUGAAACAAAUGCUAAACGAUAUAAUUACAUGUACAAUGAAAAUCGUAUCGACGAUGUGCUUACUCUUAGAAAUGAAUACGCCUCCUGCCCGCCUUCUGGUCAUCAAUAUCAAUCUCUGUCUGAUGACAUGAAACAAUAUUGGCUGGACGUACCAACGCAAUCAACAUGCAAUGUUCCAACACGGUACGAUGAUAUGUCAGACGACAUUCUUUCUAUUGCUCAGAGCAUCAUGUCCAGGGUGAAUCCGGUUUCUCACACCAUUGCCAUGUAUAAUGCAUAUAUAGCCGUAUGUGUUGAGUGUAAUCGUCAUUCAUUAGCGCACCAAGUUUUACAUCAAAUGCGAUCAAGCGGUCUGACACCUGAUACUCGAUCGUAUAAACGGUUAAUCACGUCUUACAUGUCGUCUGGUAAUUACGCUCUAGCAGUAAAUGCGACCGAAGUGUGCACCGAGACAAUUAUCAAAUCAAUGCGCAGGGCCGCUCUCUUUAAAUCUACGUUUCAUCUUGGUAUCGGAAUCUUUGCCAUUAAAUGGAUGUCAUACGGAAUGUUGCUAAGUAAUUAUCGCGUUGAGGAAAUUUCAAUCGCGUGCAUUGGAAUGAGUGUAUUAAUGGUCUCUAGGGUGAUGAUGAGUUUACUGUCUAAUGAAGUUUUCAGUCCCAUGAUGAAGCAUAGACAGGCCGCGGAAUUAAAGAGAGCAGUGGGAAUAAAGGGAGUGACAACCGGAGAAAAGCAGAUAUAG